GGCGGCGGCAGGACCCCGGGCUCCGAGGCUCACAACGUCUGCCGCCUGCUCAUGCGCAGGGCUCACGGCUUUUAUACCAGAGAUGCCGGUGCCGCCCACAGGAAGAAGCUGGGCCUCCUCAGGAAGAUAAUAUGCCAGGAAGGUACUAAAUUCAAGAACGUUUGGACAACUCAUUCUGCAUCUCCUAUUGCAUAUGAAAGAGGAAGAAUUUACUUAGACAAUUACCAGUGUUGCAUUAGCAGCGUUGCCCAAGAGCCAAGAGUACUUUAUCAAAAGCCAAAGUGUUCUAAGUCAGAAAAAAUAGAAGAUGCUUUAUUAUUGGAAUGCCCACUGGGGGAAGUGCUACCAAGUGCAUCAGACUAUAAAUCUUCCCUGAUAGUCUUGACAGUGCAGAACUGGCUUCUACGUCUCUCUGCUGAUAGUGGAGAAAUACUGGAAAAAAUAUACCUUGCCGGUUCCUGUUGCAAAUUCAGAUAUCUGAGCUGGGAUACUCCUCAAGAGGUACUGGUUGUAAAGUCAGCUCAAAACAAGCUCCCUGCAGCAGCACAACAGGCAGAUAUCCAACAGUCUGUAUUGUUCUAUCUUGCUGUAUUCCAAGUUUUGCCUCUGUCAUUCAUCGGAAUGCUAGAAAUAAACAAAAAGAUAUUUGGUAAUAGUGUGACAGAUGUUGCUGUUUCUAAUGGAAUCCUGAUUGUAAUGCAUAGCAUGGGUCUGGUCAGGCUCUAUAACUUCCAGGCCAUUUCUGAACAGUUCAUGGAACAACCAUUUGAUUUGGGACAUGAAUUCAACUGGAAUGGUCAAGUGGGAGUUGUAGGAAAGUAUCCAUUUGGUCUUCCAUGUAACAUUAAAAUAACAGAUACCCCACCUUUGCUAUUUGAAGCAUCUUCUCUGGAGAAUGCAUUUCAAAUUGGAGGUUACCCUUGGCAUUAUAUCAUCACACCUAACAAGAAAAAACACAGAGGAGUCUUCCAUAUUUGUUCUCUAAAAGACAAUGCUUUGGCAAAAAAUGGCAUACAGGAUAUGAAAUGCUGUUCACUAGAGCCUGAUUGGAUAUAUUUCCAUCCAGAUAUGUCAGGUAGAAUAAUCCACGUGGGACCAGACUUGGUGAAAGUCUUGAAGCUUAAGGAAGUUAAAAAUAAUACAGAUCAGAUGGAGAUAGCAGAAGAUUUUACAAUUGUGGCCAACAGAGAAAACUCUGUAAACAAUGCUGUUACUGUAACAGCUUCUGGUCGAGUGGUGAAAAAGCGUUUUAACUUGCUGGAUGAUGACCCAGAACAAGAGACAUUCAAAAUUGUGGACUAUGAAGAUGAACUGGAUUUGUUAUCCACUGUGGCAGUUACUCAAAUAGGAGCUGAUGGAAGAGCUCACCUUGACUUUCACUGUAAUGAACAUGGGAUUCUACUUAAGAGUAUUCCAUUAUUGGAGUCCUGGGAUGUGACUUACAGUCAUGAAGUUUACUUUGACAAAGACCUUGUAUUACAUAUAGAACAGAAGCCUAACAGGAGGUUCAGUUGUUACGUUUACCAAAUGGUUUGUGAUACUGCAAAAGAUGACGAAUGUUCAAGCCAUGAAAAACCAGAAAGAAUGUUUUGUAAAAAAGGAGGGAGAAUUUUUGAAUUUAUUUGAGACAUAAACAACAACUACAGAGACUUAAAUUUGGAUGUUAUUCAAGGACUUCAUACAUAUGACCUAGUCAACUACUGUUUUUUUUGGGCAGGAUUUAAUGUUAAAAUUUUGUACUACUACAUGAGAUUUUAUUUCUUUUUUCUCUGUAAUAUUGUACACUUGUCU